GAUCGCCGCUUGGUGUUGCUCCGCGUACUGGAGCAGUCUAGCGGUUAUGCUGCCAACGCCUAUGUACUUAUGAGCAUGCUGGACAGUACUGGCCACCGCGCCAGCCACGAGGAGUUGGAUGCAGACCUAGUCUGGCUGCAAGCCCAAGGGCUGAUAGUGCUGGAGUCCGUUGCCGACGUUGUGAUCGCCACAAUUACCCGCAAAGGGGUGGAUGUGGCCCUAGGUAAGGCUAUUGUGCAGGGCGGGUUUGAUAUGGGCCGCAAGUCUACAGUGGCAGUGCUGCCUGAGGAGGUGGUGACUCAGAUCAACCGGUUAAUACGGGACGGCUGCACCAUCGAUGAGAUUUUGCGUGCCCUGGCCCCGCUGGGGGCUGAGGUUUCGCGCUCAGCCAUGGGCCGCUAUGUGAAGAGCGCCCGCGAAUCUAUGGAGAAGUACCGACAAGCCCAAGAGGUGGCCAAG